CGUCACUCAUCCAACCAGAGAAGGCGCGACACCGCUGGUAGACGACCCAUUUCCGCUAGCCUCCUCGAUCGUUCCUCCUUGGCAUCACCCAACUUCUCCCAUGUUCUUCAACACCUCUGCGCUAGAAUAGCGACAGGAUUAUUGCAUAUGAGUCCCGUAGCACGAGUGGCGCAGGUCCUACGCCGUGUCUAAUACUAGCGGCUGACCUCCGGCGUUGACCUGCAACUAUCACGACGCGUUGAGGCAAAAACACAAGGGUUCUCCUAAGAGGUAUUUAGUAUCCAGCUGUGAGAAAGUCCGGCGUUGACGUCGACACACAUGCUGCUAUCCACGUUGGGGGGCUGCUACAUCCAUCAAUGCCGCCCAGACGAUCACAUACAAAGUCACGCCUUGGUUGCAGCCAAUGCAGAAGAAGACGAGUCAAGUGUGACGAGAAGCUUCCUCGCUGCUCCUCUUGCACCCAGCGCGAUGAAAUAUGUGUAUAUUCGAGAUUUCCAACCAAGUCAACGCCCCUCCCAACCACGACACCAGCCACACCUCCCAUGAACGCUACUGCACCGUUGAAUGCCGGAAUCGGUCAUAGCCUCCCAGCUGCCAACACCACCCAUCAACGCGGCGCAGAUGAGACUACGUGGAGCGCAGCUCGAAUUCGAGAGCUAGAGCUGCUUCAUCAUUGGUGCUCAAAGACCUCCACCAACUUCACACCAGAGCUGGUAGACAUGUUCCAAAACUACCUGGUCAAGGAGGCCUUGAAGAAUUCACAUCUCAUGGAGGCUCUCCUUGCACUGGCAGCAUUCCACAUCGCCUGCGAGACAGACGAUCCGAUUUUGUCGCACGACUUUACAGGUGUAGGCAUGAGCUAUCAGACCAGAGCCAUCGCUGCGUUGCGCGUUGAUCUUGGUUCACUGUCGCCCGAGAAGUGCGAUCCUGUAUUUGCGACCUCUGUCCUCAUCAUGGUAUGCGUGAUGGUGUCGCCCUUCCUACCCGUUGGACACGAGAAGAUAUUCAAUUUCAACGCUGAAGCCAUCCUUCCACUUGCCGACAUAAUUCGCGGGCUCGGCCUCGUCAUUGAGACAUCACAGCGAAAAGUACUGCAAGGGCCCCUGAGCGGCAUGUUCAACGUCACGUGGCCAAGUCUACCACAUGCGACGGUGUCACCUAUCAUAGAGGAUCUGCGCAGGCUCAACGCAGGCAAAACCGACUCGAGUGCUGCACCCGUGUUCGAACAUGCCAUCGAAGCUCUUGAACGGAAGAUUCUGGACAAAGAUGCAGUUUUUCCGUGGAUUGCCAUGGCAGGCUUAGAGUUCAUCGAAAGACUCAAGUUGCAGGACAGUGUCGCAAUGGCAAUAUUCAUGGUAUGGGGUGCGCUCAUGACAAUGGCUGAUAACCAGUGGUGGGCCACUUUCUCUGGGAAGAACCUGGUGAAAGAGACUUCGUCCAUACUGAUAUCGAAGGGGGACGAAUGCACUCGCAUCAUUGUGUGGUGCCGACGAGAAGUUGGGCUGAGCGAGCGCCCUUAACCUUAGUUUGUUCAUCGACAUUCGUGUUCGGCAGUACCUCACGUGGUAGAAGAGAUAUAUGUAGACUGCUUCAAACGC